CCUUGUUGCAGGGGUUUCCUCUGGGUACUCCGGUUUCCUCCCCAUUCCAAAGACAUGCAUGGUAGGCUGAUUGGCAUGUCCAAAGUGUCCGUAGUGUAUGAAUGGGUGUGUGAAUAUGUGUGUGAUUGUGGCCUGCGAUGGAUUGGCAUUCUGUCCAGGGUGUACCCCACCUUGUGCCUGAUGUGCCCUGGGAUAGGCUGCAGGUUCCCUGCGACCCAGCGAUAUAGAAAAUUGAUGGAUGGAUGGAUUAUUAUUAUUAUUAUUAUUAUUAUUAUUAUUAUUAUUGUUGUUGUUGUUGUUGUUGUUGUUGUUGUUAUUAUUAUUUAUUCAAUUGUAUACCGUCCAGAAUGUAUUCCGCCUAGUGUUCCUGGGAUAGACUUCAGAUCCACCGUGACUCUGAAUGAAUGAAUGAAUGAAAAGACGUGUAACGAGGUUGAAAGUGUUUGUUACACCAGGUGGCAGCAGUUGCACGUUUCAGGUUUGUGAAUUUCGCUGGCCACGGAGCUGAGUCUGGAAACUUUGGUGUCAUAAAAAUGUUAGUCCAUUAUUUUUGAUCCAUUUCUAUAGUAACUAACGAGCAGUGCACAUAAGAGGCCGCAUAUAGGCUAUUGUAGGCUAUAUAUGACAUUUUUGUCCUUAAACCAUAGGAUGCUCCAUGCCUUCUGUUAACGAUGAGAGGUAUUGCAUGUACGGAUGCACAUAGUGAACUCUGAUCCACCUGCGUAGGUAACUGACGUAUGAUCCGGUGCUGGUAUAAAAGCUGGCGCGCUCGUCACAAGCCGUCAGUGACGAUGCUCAUGUCCUGUUCGUGCGCGCUCCUGCAGAAGGAGAUCAGUAGGUAGGUGACCGACGCUUUUAUCGUCUUUUGCGCUCGUUGAUGAACCGCGACAUGGACGAAACAGAGAACGCGUCUUCGUUGUUCCAAAACGACAGCAAUCUAGAGGACCAGAAUGACAAAGUGUCGCUGACAGCAAAGGUGCCGUUGAGUUAUCAAAUACCGACGUCUAUGCUGAUCGGCGCACUUAUCCUGUGCUCGGUGUUUGGAAACGCGUGCGUCGUGGCAGCCAUAGCUUUGGAGAGGUCACUCCAAAACGUGGCCAACUAUCUAAUCGGGUCUCUUGCCGUGACGGACCUUAUGGUGUCGGUACUCGUCCUGCCUAUGGCGUGCCUCUACCAAGUUUUGGACAAAUGGACACUCGGACAGGUCGCAUGCGACAUCUUUAUCUCGUUGGACGUUCUGUGUUGCACGUCUUCGAUUUUGCAUUUGUGCGCCAUUGCGCUGGACCGGUACUGGGCGAUCACCGAGCCUAUAGACUAUAUGAAAAAGAGGACGCUGAAACGGGCGGCGGUUCUGAUCGGCGCUACGUGGCUGGUGGGCUUCUUGAUAUCCGUUCCUCCCAUGCUGAUCAUGAAAUCGCAGCCCAAAAGCAAAGCAGAAGGCAUGGCCAACCCCGAAGCGUGCGCCAUCAGCCACGACCCGUGGUACACCAUUUACUCAACAUUCUGCGCCUUUUACAUCCCGCUCAUCCUCAUGCUCGUGUUGUACGGGCGCAUCUUCAAAGCGGCACGGUUUCGUAUUCGCAAGACCGUACGCAGGACAGAGAAGAAAAAAGUCACGUGCUUGACUGUGUCCCCGGCGCUUUUUAAGCGCUCCAAUGGAGAGCCGGGUAAAAGCUGGAGGAGCAGCGUGGAGCCCAAGCCGGCGUCGUGCGUCAACGGCGCAGUGAAGCACACGGACGACGGCGAGUCUGUGGAGAUCUUGGAGGUUCACGGCAAUUCAAAGCACGAGCUGCCUUUGCCUAACACACCGAGCUCGGCGCAGCUGUUCGAGAACCGACACGAGAAAAACACGGAGGCAAAGAGGAAACUGGCGCUGGCGCGGGAGCGCAAAACUGUCAAGACGCUGGGCAUCAUCAUGGGCACGUUCAUCCUGUGCUGGCUGCCUUUUUUCAUCAAAGCCCUGGUGAUGCCCUUCUGCCCGUCGUGCGAGAUGCCCGUGUGGCUUCAAGACGUGAUCAACUGGCUCGGCUACUCCAACUCCCUGCUCAACCCCAUCAUCUACGCAUACUUCAACAAGGACUUCCAGAGCGCCUUCAAAAAAAUCAUCAAAUGUCACUUUUGUCGAAAAUAACUGUGGAUUGCUUUGCUUUGUGAAUGAAUCACUUUGGGACUAAAAUCUAUUGUCCAUUUGCUGAAUUGACGGGAAAAUCUUUAGUAAAAACAUUCCUUCAGUGGGAUAAAGAAUGAUGACGUUUAUCCAGUGGUGGAAAUGGGUCGUUAUUCUCAUUGUUUAUUAUUUUUUUAUUAUAAAUUUGUUUCUGUUUUCAGAAAAGAUGUAUAAUACUGUGUAUAAAGGAACCCCAUGUACUGCUCACGUCCAUUGGAAGCAUGAAUGUGUUCAUGCUGUGAAAUAAACUGUCUCUA